AUGAGUAUUGAACUUUUUUUGGAUAACUCUGCCAGAAUUGCCAUUGAUCUAUACGGCAGAGGAGAAAAAUGCUCAUUUACAUAUAAUAAUCAAAUAUUAACUGUUGAUAAAGGACUGUUAUUGCUUUUAUCUCCUACCUUUGAAAUUACAAAUGAACUUUCAAUAACAAUGUUUGAUUUUAAACCAGAGAAAAACAGAAUUCAAAAGCUAUUUCAAUUAGCAGAAACAGACUCAAUCAUUAUCGAUAAAGUUGAUAUUAAUUUCUAUUUAGCUUUAUUAUUUAAAUUUGGUAAUACAGAUCCCCGUGAACCAUUAUUUAAAAACCUCGAACUUCCUACAUACUCAUCAAAUUAUCUAGUCAUGUUAAAAGGAAAUCUUGAACGUGUUAAUCUUCUCAAUUUAUUAACAAAUGAAGAAUUACUUAAUUUACCGAAUAUAGACCAAGUUUUCAGCCUUCUUUCCAUUGAAAAAAAGGUUUUCUUAUCAAAAGAUCUUUACUUUACAGAAAUCUACAGAGAUUACGCCUUCAAUCUAAUAUUACACAUAAAAUUUGAAGAUCCUCCUACCGAAAUACCUAAAUAUUUAAAGUUUUUAAGAUCAGAUCAUAUGGCUUACGUUAAAGAGAAUAUUAUAUAUAAAUUUAAAAUAAUUGAAGUGAAUUAUAACAAUGAUAAGUUUGAUGGCGUUAUUAAACGUCUUCUUUCUCAAGCAGAAAAAGAACACAACAAUUUUCAUCAGUAUUUCGAAAUUCAAGCUCGCGAUUAUCAGCAUUUUGCAGAAUUUGUAAUCACACCAAAUACAGAAGAAAGUUGGAUAUCAAAAGAUUCGCCAGGGGCUUGGAUUUGCUUUAAAUUUAAGACAAUAAAGUUACAUGUAACAGGAUACUCUAUUAAAACGUAUUCUAGCGAGAAGAACAACGGACAUAUUCGUUCUUGGGCUCUUGAAGGUUCUGAAGACGAUGGAUUAACUUUUGAAACAAUUGAUUCAGUAAAUAAUAAUUCCGACCUAAAUGGAAAAAGUAGAGAAGCAUAUUUUCCAGUUCCAGCCACUACUGUUAAAAAAUACUAUUCCUAUGUUAGAAUUAAAUCAACAACAUGUACCCACAGCUCAUACAACAUUGUACACAUAUGCCGUCUAGAAUUAUUCGGUGAAUAUAAACCAUUUACACUACUAAAUUAG